UCUUGUCCAUGGAGGAAAGAAACAUGUGGUCCCUUCGCGACGUUGGUCCGAGUGCCUUAUGUUUAGGUGUUCUGCGAAGAACAUCGGUGUCAAAUUUGUAACGUGCACAGAGUGGCAGACUCGGUAGUAUUCCUAAGGCUUAGUAGCAAGGCUUGCAAUGGCUAGUAAUAAGGGAAAGCAACCUUCUACGAGCAAUGAAACCAUCUUCGUGUGUUGCUUCGAUGGCUGUUCUGCAACUUUUCCGAACGGGAAGAAACUCAAAUGGCACAUGCGCGUGCACGAUGGAGAACGGCCUUUUGAGUGCACAUACACCGGCUGCAACAAGAAGUACACAAGGCAGUUUCACCUGACACGACACAUCAAGAAAUCACAUGAAAGCAUCAAGGACCAAGUAAAAUCGUUCAAAUGUGUACAUGACAACUGCGACAAGUUGUUCACAUGUGAAAACGCAUUGUACAAGCACAUGAAGUAUUCCCACGAGAAGCGGAAGUUUCAGUGUGAACACUGUCCAAAGGCAUUCAUUAAACAUCAGCACCUCAGAGUGCACAGCUUUGAACACACCAAGGUGUUGCCCUAUCCAUGCCCAGAACCAGGAUGUGACAAGGCUUUCUUGCUGCCAAGCAAGCUCAGAGCACACCAGAACACACAUAAAGGUUACCCAUGUGAUGUGGAAGGCUGUGAAGCUGUGUUCACCAAGUGGACUCUUCUACAGAAACACAGAAAAACGGAUCACCAGAAGCACUUUCCGUGUCCUACUUGUGACCGGGUGUUUUUCACCAAGUGGAACCUGGUCACUCACAUGGAAACACACAGCACCGACCGCGAGAGCUUCUGUUGCCCUCAUGAGGGCUGCAGCCGUUUCUACUUCCAGGAGAAGAAUCUCCGGCAACACAUUUCAAGUGCCCACGAAAACAAGCGAUUCUCCUGCAAUGCUCCAGGUUGUACACGGAGCUUUUUCACCAAGCAAUCACUGAAGAAACACGAAGCAACCCAUGACCCAAACAAACCUCUACCUCAAAAGAAACCCAAAAAGGCCACAAGAAAAUGUCGCCCAAGAAAUUUUUUCACCAAGAGCGCAGCCGCUGUCUUGUCGGGGCACACACCACCUCCUGAAACCGAGAAGAAACUUCUGUCCCUAUGCAUCGCAUCAGCUGAGGAGGUGGAGUUCACUCAAAGGCAAGAAAAGGGGGAGUGCACAUCACAAUCUGGAGAUUCAGUACUCAGCCACAGAGUACCCUUAAGGACGUGUCAGGAGCAGUCUUUCAGCAUGGGCAAUGACGCCGAUGAUGUGUCACUUCCAGAGGAUUUCACUCGGCAUGCAUACGAGCCUCUUGCUGACACUCUGGUGUCAGGUCUAGGGCAACCAUCUGCACAAAAUGACUUAUCAGAAGUGAUGCAUGCAGUGACGGAUGAUCUUGAACAACACAAGUCACAAUUGUCCAGCUCAGAAUUGUGCCAGCACAUCGAAGAAUUGCAGUCGGCGACCGAGACGUGCCUUUCUUCGAUGGACUCAGCUCUUGGAAGUCUUGUCAAUUGUGGAACAAGUUCUGCAUACAGUGAAAGCAAAAGUGAAUUCCAACAUGGUCUUGAGGGCAGUUUUACAGUGUCUUCGGUAAAAGCUCAGCGGGUAAGCGUGUGAGCAUGUCAAAGGUGCUUGGAACUGACGCAUUUUUUAAAAAUGACAUCUCUAUGUAUGAAAUCAGAUUAAAACAUUUGUUCAAACUCUCUUCA